AUUUGGAGUUUUCCUUUCUUUAUCAUUAUCGCCUAAACUCCCAUAGAUUUGCAGAAAUUUUAACGAUCCUGAAACCAGAAAAUACAGUAAGUAGAAACUUCAAGAUAUCAUCUGAAGAUGGCUGAGCAUCAGGGGGAUCGGAUUCCGCGAGUGAAAGUCGGAGCUCAGGGUCUUGAGGUUUCAAAGUUGGGUUUUGGCUGCAUGGGACUCACUAGUAUUUACUAUGAUCCUAUCCCAGAUGAAGUCGGCAUAUCGAUCAUCACCCAUGCAUUCGCUAAGGGAAUAACAUUCUUCGACACGUCAGACAUAUAUGGACCAAAAACCAAUGAGAUUCUUGUUGGAAAGGCAUUGAAGAAGUUGCCGCGGGAGGAGGUGCAGCUAGCCACCAAGUUCGGUGUGGUGAAAAUUGAAGCGGACAAUAUGGUGAUCAAGGGGACGCCUGAAUAUGUCCGCUUGUGUUGUGAGUCAAGCCUCAAGCGCCUUGGUGUCGAGUACAUUGACCUCUAUUACGUGCACCGGAUUGACACAUCGGUCCCGAUAGAGGAAACUAUGGGGGAACUGAAGAAGUUGGUGGAAGAGGGGAAAGUCAAGUAUAUUGGCUUGUCAGAGGCCAGCCUUGACACCAUACGGAGAGCACACGCAAUUCAUCCCAUCACGGCCUUACAGAUGGAGUGGUCACUCUGGACACGAGAAAUCGAGCAAGAAAUCGUCCCGCUCUGCAGGGACCUCGGAAUUGGCAUCGUUCCAUAUAGCCCUCUUGGUCAUGGGUUCUUCGGUGGCAAGGGAGUCACUGAAACUGUGCCUGCUAAUGGAUUUCUGUUUUCCCCUUUUAUUUCUCAGGGAAGAUUUCCUAGGUUUCAAGCAAAGAAUUUGGACAAAAACAAGGUUCUUUACGCUCGAAUGGAGAAGUUAGCAGAAAAGCACAAUUGCAGCCCUGUACAGCUUGCACUCGCGUGGGUUCUUCAUCAAGGCGAUGAUGUUGUGCCCAUCCCUGGAACGACAAAAAUUAAGAAUCUCGAUGAUAACAUUGGUUCCUUGAGAGUGAAGCUUACGGAGGAAGACAUGAAAGAGAUCUCGGAUGCUGUACCGAUUGAUGACAUUGCCGGUGACAGGAUUGAUGAGCACCAUGUUCGCUGCUCGUGGAAGUAUGCGAACACGCCCCUGAGAGAUGGGAAACCGUCGGCUUAUUAGACUUCUUUUGAUUGUGUUGAUGAAGCAUCGUUUGGCUCUCUGCCCUCUUUUGCUCCUUGUAACAGCAGUCAGAAAUUAAAACUCAGAAUAGCUUAUAUAAAAACAAAGCCAAACCAGGCAAUUCUAAGUUAUUGGCUUCUUUUGUCCUCA